AUGUUGUUUGGGCAGCAGGUGACCACUGUGCUGGUGGUCAUCACCAUUGCCGCCAUUAACCUGGAGAUUACCGCUGCCUUCCGUCGCAAUUUCGAGGCCCGCCAAAGCACCAACUCAAAUGUGCCCCUCUGGAAGCAAAGGGCUUGUGAGAAAUCCCAGAAGCAGAAGCAAAAUGCGCACUACAUUUGCGAUGACAAAGGUGACUUCAAAUGCCUGCCCGGCUGGCAAGGUGAUCUCUGCCAGGUGCCCAUGUGUCGCCGUGGCUGCGAUCCCAUGAAUGGCUACUGCCAGCGCCCGGGGGAGUGUCGUUGCCGCAUUGGUUACAGUGGCGAAAUGUGCGACAAGUGCAUCCCACUGCCGGGCUGUCAGCAUGGUGGCUGCACCAAGCCCUUCGAGUGCAUCUGCAAGCCUGGCUGGGCGGGACUCUUCUGCACGGAACCUAGCUGCCGUAGUGGCUGCCACAGCACCCGAGGCUAUUGUGAGGCACCUGGAGAGUGCCGCUGCCGUAUUGGUUAUGCGGGACGCACUUGCUCCGAAUGCGCCACCAUGCCAGGCUGCCAGCAUGGAACCUGCAACAAGCCGCUAGAGUGCCUCUGCCUGCCCGGUUACACGGGUCUGCUCUGCCAGACGCCUCUCUGUGACCCGGACUGUAGCAAGCAGCAUGGCUAUUGCCGCAAGCCUGGCGAGUGCCGCUGCAAGGUGGGCUGGACAGGCAGUCAGUGCGACAAGUGUUUCCCCUAUCCCGGCUGCGCAAAUGGAGACUGCGAGGCACCGUGGGAAUGCAACUGCCAUCCCGGCUGGGGCGGAAUGCUCUGCGAUGAGAAACUCACCUACUGCCUGGAGCAUCCGGACACGUGCGAGAACGAGGGCAAAUGCAUAUCGCUGAGCCGCGAGGAUGGCAGCUACCGUUGCCACUGCCGGCAGGGAUUUCUGGGCAAGAACUGUGAGAUACGCGAUGACUUUCUGCUGACCUCGGUGGCGCCGCCGCGCAUCACGCCCCCCACGCCCACCGAACUGGAGCUGGACAUCGACUUGGAUGGGGAUGUGGACGCAGGUGUGCCCGAUGACAGCACGGCGGAAAAGUUGCCGACGGCUAACGAGCCGGAGCGCCGGACAAAUGACACCGCAGCUGUGCCAACCGCAGGAGUAGGAGCAGGAGCAGGAGCAGGAGCGGGAGCAGGACCCAUGGCCCUCGGCAUGACGGCCACAACACCGACAGUGGCGGCAACUGGAGCUGGCAGCCACAAUGCGACUAAUGAAGCGUUAAGCGCCGUUACAACGAGGCGUGCCACCACGCCAGCACCAGCCUCAGCCUCGGCUCCACCUCCAUCCUCCGCCACGGCAGCAACAUCCGGAGAAAAAGCCGUAAAGGGUAAUGCAACAAGUGUGGCAACGGGGACAGAGGCACUUCCACUUCCACUUCCACUACCAUCACCAGCCUUGCCACCACCCACACAGCUCACUGGCCAUGAGCAGACAAAGGCAACUUUGGCGCCAGCUGCAACAUCCGUGACCGGCCACAAGGACAAGCCCAGCGGUGGCAAGGAGGAGGACGAUGAGGACGAUGAGGAUGAAGAGGACGAGGAGGAUGAGGGCGAGUAUGAUGAGGAUGAUGAUGACGAGGACGAGGAUGAUGAGGAGGAUGACAGCGAUCAACUCAUACCAAAUAUAAUAUAG